AUGAAAGAGGAAACGGACACGACGGCAAACCAAGAGCUUGUGAAUGAUAUGAAGCUGAAUGCUGAAAUUCAAGGAAAGUUCACCUACCAUGAUACUUUUGAACAUGGGUUCAGUGGAGGAGCUGGGGGAGAAAUAAGAGAGACUUGGGAGAGAGGGAAAGAACUUGGCCGAGGAGGCUUUGGCAGUGUCUGGCUUGAAAAAUGCGUGACGGACCAGGGCCCAGCCAGGCUGCGAGCCGUAAAGAAGAUUCCCAAGCCACAUAACCGCUCACAACGGAUUUACUGUGAUCAGGAACUUCAAGCGAUCGCAAAGUUUUCUCAGCAGAGAUACAAAGGACUAUUCGUGAGAUGCUUGGGUUGGUUCGACACCCCCGAAAGCAUCUUCAUAACAAUGGAACAUAUCAAACUAGGAACCCUAGGAGCCCACUUGAGAGCCCCUUUGCCUGAAGGUGAAGCACGGCGUAUCUCUUCGCAGCUUCUAUUGGGCCUCCAAAACCUCCACAAAAAUCAUUUCGCUCAUCGAGAUUUGAAACCAGAUAAUAUCUUCGUCAUGUGCGUUGGCCCUAGUUGGUGGGUUAAGAUCGGUGACUUCGGUUUGAGCAAGCGGUACAACCGAGCCUCCGGCUUGAAAACGAAUGUUGGUACAAAGCUGUUCCUAGCGCCAGAAGUGCUAUUGCAUAAUUCCGAGUCCACUUACACACAUGCCGUUGAUAUGUGGUCGCUUGGCGUGACUAUAUUCUUCGCUCUGACCCAUGUGUAUCCAUUCGAGAGCAUCGAAGCUCUAUGUGAAUACUAUAAAGGAAAUUCCCAAUUUCCAUUUGCACCUUUGGCCUCGCGUUCUGUUAGCCAGAAUGGCCAAAGGUUCCUGGAGGCGUUGCUGAAAGCUGAUGCGUCAACACGAAUGCCUACUCAAGAAGCCCUUGAAAGCGCAUGGUUGGGAUCGCUAGCCACGAAUUCUAAUUCUCCAAUUGCUUCCCAGUUAGCUUCAAAGCUAACAUUGGAAAAAGCCAGGCCAGACGCAAUUCCGGGGUCUUCAGGUGCAUUGGGAGGCCACACGUGGAGUGAUUUCAACAGAUCUUCUUCCAGCUCUACUAUGGAACCGGACCAAUCCCAGAAUCGGUCAGGUUUGAAUCGUCUACAGCCGCAAUCUUUGAAGGUCUCGAAUGUAGAGAAGAAUUCCCUGGCCGAGGCCCAAAACACAAAGAACCAAUCACUCUGGAAUGAAGAUGAAGAGAGAAGUGAUGAAGGUAUCAGACAAUAUGCCGACGGGGACCAGCAAACUAUUCGUCGAAAGCCCGUCGGCUCACUUGAGCAUCGCACGUUCCGAGGCAGCAGGGUAGAAGGCAACUACGAUGAGGGAAACCUCAGAUCUACAAAUGAAUUAGAGGAUCUCGUUUCCAUGGGCGAGGCUCUACUUAACGACAAUGAUUACACCAAAGCAGAGGCGGUCUACCGACGGGCCUUUAAAGGUUACAGAGAUACUCUUGGCGCAAAGGGUGAAGGGACCUUAAGAUGUCUUUUUUCCUUGGGUCAAGCCCUCUACAAGCAAACAAAAUACGCCGAGGCAGAGAUAGCUUACCGACAGGCCUUUGAAGGGUACAGAGAUACUCUUGGUGCAAAGGAUGAUGAGACCUUGAAAUCUCUCACUUUCCUAGGUCACGCUCUCUUUAAGCAAGGAAAUUACAGUGAAGCAGAGAAAGCUCACCGACAGGUCUUUGAUGAACAUCAAUAUACUUUUGGUGCAAAACAUGAAAGAACCUUAAGAUCUCUCUUUUGCCUAGGCGACAUUCUCUAUAAGCAAAAGAAAUACGCGGAAGCAGAGAAAAUCUUGCGACAGACCUUUGAGGGCUAUAGAGACACCGUCGGAGCAAAGAAUUCGAGGACUUUGUCUUGUCUUUUUUCCCUAGGCGAUGCUCUCAAUAAGAACGAGAAAUACACCGAAGCAGAGAACGCGUACCGACAGGCAUUCGAAGGAUAUCGAGAUGAUCUUGGUGCAGAGCCUGAAAAGAAGUUCGAUUGCCUCCAUGCCCAGGGUAAAACUCUGUACAAGCAAAAGAAAUACAUUGAAGCAGAGAAAGUCUUCCGACAGACUUUUGACGGCCGCAGACAUACCCUUGGCUCAAAGCAUGAAAAGACGUUAGAAAGUCUUAAUUUUCUAGGCGAUACUCACUACUUUCAGGGCAAUUACAUCAAAGCAGAGAAAGCCUAUGGACAAGCCUUUGAAGGCCGCAGGGAUACUCUUGGUGAAACCCAUAAAUUGACAAUGAGGAGUCUCAAUCGCUUAGGCGAUUGCUUCUACAAUCAAAACCAAUGGGCGGAAGCAGAGGAAGCCUACCGACGGGCAUUUAAAGGCUACAGAGAAACUCUCGGAGCAAGCCAUAAACUGACAACCAAUUGCCUCGAUUCAUUGGGUGACGCUCUCACCAGACAAGAAAGAUACGACAAAGCAGAUGCAGCCUAUCAACAGGCCUCUAGGGAUCGUCGAGAAGGAAAGCCGGGUCUCUUUAGUAGGAUUGCCAAAUUUGGAACAAGAAAGUGA